GAUAUGGACAAGAACUUGAACGGGCCGCUGCCUUCGCCGGCACCAGCAAUAGCUGGAUUCUGCGACCGUCUAGGGACUCGAAGCUUCGAGGACCCAGAUCAGGGCGGACGCGGCUACUUGCCGCAAGUUAAUGAAUGGGCCCGUGGGGCCAUCGAAUGGAACUGCGAGAGAGCUGGGGGUCUAGAGCACGUACCCCUUUGGGAGGCAUAUCCUAUUUGGAGAGAUGAACAUUUGCCGAUGUUCAUCGCGCAAGGCCCGUCCAAACAGGCCGCCAAGGAGGCUUCGGCGCGGCUUAUGGCCAAAAGCGGCCACUGCGUAAUGAGCGACCAAGCUAUUCCGGGAAGUGCAGCACACGGCCCUGCCUAUCACUCUAUAUCUCCUCUGCUGCCUCUGACUACCUCUAUUGAUGUGGCAUGUCACCUUGAGUCUUCCCUCUGUCUUUGCCCCCUCUCCACUUUUGUAAGGGUCAUAGGAUUUUUUUUGGUGGCCACACCAACCACCUUUUUUUUUGCUUAUGAUGCCCUCUUCCUAUUUAAAUUUUGAACCUUGAUGCUAUCCCCCUUUGAGCCAUGUAUUCACAUUGUUCUUGCAUCCUCUCAGAUUCAUGCAACCACACCCUGGUG